AUGCAGCAGGCUGCACUCCCAAGUGAUUUGUCAAGCCACGGUGCGAACUUGCCGUCUCGGAUCGAUGCAAAGGUUGCUGAGCGUGCUUCGUUGGAUGGGAUGGUCAUGGAGUCUUUCUACCUGCAGCAGCAGAUCCACUGGGAGAUCGAGAAACACCCAAUCUCUGCCGGAGGCUUCCUGCCAAGGAGCAUGGCGCAUGUGGCGCGAGAACUUCUGAAAAAGGAGCUGGUGAAUCUCAUGAAGGAUGAGAGCUGUGGCUUUUCCGUUGGCCUGGAGGAUGACUCGGACUUCUUCACCUGGCGGGUUGUCUUUGAAGGUCCAUCAGAUAGCCUGUACGAGGGCGGCAUCUUUACCGCGAUACUGAAGUUUCCAGGUGACUUCCCAAACAAUCCGCCAGAAAUGAGGUUUGAGACAGAGAUGUGGCAUCCCAACAUCUACCCGGAUGGCCGUGUCUGCAUCUCGAUCCUACACCCACCAGGGACGGACAGAUUCAACGACCAGGAGACGGCCGAUGAGCGCUGGCGACCGAUCCUCGGGGUGCACAGCAUCUUAAUCAGCGUCAUCUCGAUGCUCGUAGACCCGAACUUGAACUCUCCGGCGAACAUUGACGCCGCAGUCCAUAUGAAGAAUGACUUCGAGGGCUGGAAGAAGAAGGUAAGGCAACUGACGCGGAAGAGUGUUGAAGGCUGA